CUAAACUGACGGAGCAGCACGCAUGAAACAUUAGACACAUAUACAUUUGAAAUAAAAUAAUGUGUGCAUCGUUUUGUGUACAUGUUGCUGCGGCGUCGUUGUUUAGGUAUAUGAAAAAAUAAAAAGUCAAUUAGCGUUUGAAAAUUAGAGGAUCAGCAGAAAUUAGUUAGAACUUACAAGGGAACCGUUGAAUUUAAAAAAGAACGAUGCCUUGCGAAAUGAUUACAUUGCAAUUGGGUCAGUGUGGGAAUCAAAUUGGAUUUGAGUUUUGGAAAAGAUUAUGUGCCGAACAUGGAAUCAAUCCUGAAGGAAUAUUAGAGGAUUAUGCUACCGAAGGCACUGAUCGUAAGGAUGUAUUUUUUUAUCAGUCUGAUGAUGAACACUACAUACCCAGAGCAGUUUUGCUGGAUUUGGAGCCCAGGGUUAUUCACACUAUCAUGAACUCUUCAUAUUCAAAACUUUAUAACCCUGAGAAUAUUUAUUUGUCUAAACAUGGUGGUGGAGCUGGAAAUAAUUGGGCUUCCGGCUAUCAUCAAGGCGAGAAGUUGCAGGAAGAAAUUUUUGACAUUUUAGAUAGAGAGGCAGAUGGCAGUGACAGUCUGGAGGGCUUUGUUUUAUGUCACUCUAUAGCAGGAGGAACUGGAUCUGGAAUGGGUUCAUUUAUGCUCGAAUCUCUGGCUGACAGAUUUCCUAAAAAAUUGCUAGAAACCUACAGUGUAUUUCCCAAUCAAGAUGAGAUAAGCGAUGUUGUAGUCCAACCAUACAAUUCUUUGCUCACUCUGAAGAGGCUGACACAAUGCGCGGAUUGCGUUGUUGUACUGGAUAACACAGCUUUAAACAGGAUUGCCUCCGAUCGAUUGCAUAUACAAAACCCAAGUUUCACCCAAAUCAAUAAGCUCGUCUCGACGAUCAUGUCCGUUAGUACGACCACACUCAGAUAUCCAUCUUAUAUGAACAAUGAUUUGGUUGGAUUGAUUGCUCCGCUCAUACCAACACCUCGACUACAUUUUUUGAUGACCGGAUAUACGCCUCUGACAACUGAUCAAGAGGAAGCCUCGGUUCGUAAAACUUCGGUUCUUGACGUAAUGCGACGUCUGUUGCAACCCAAAAAUAUGAUGGUUUCAACGGCAUUGGACAGAAACGCUGCUCACUGUUACAUAUCAAUAUUGAACAUCAUUCAAGGUGAGGUAGAUCCGACCCAAGUACACAAAUCGUUGCAGAGAAUACGUGAAAGAAAAUUAGCACAAUUUAUACCCUGGGGGCCAGCCAGUAUCGAGGUUGCUCUUUCAAGAAAAUCCCCUUACAUACAAAGCGCUCAUAGGGUCUCGGGCCUUAUGUUGGCCAAUCACACAAAUAUUUCAUCGUUGUUUGAUCGAGCUCUCCAACAAUACGAUAAGCUUCGUAAGCGUGAAGCCUUUCUCGAGCAAUUCCGGAAAGAAAAAAUGUUCGAGGACAAUCUUGACGAGUUGGACAAUUCCCGAGAAGUCGUAGAGAAUCUCGUGAGAGAAUAUCAGGCAGCGACAAAGUCAGAUUAUCUUACGUGGAAUCCAAACAAACCCGAAUGAGAAAUGCGAAGCACGACAGCCACGAAAGAAACGCUAUAAACCUUAUAUAAAUAAGAACGAAAUGUGAAUCACUAUGUGCGCAAAAUCAGGCCCUUUUUUCCGGGCAAAUUCAAGAAUCUCUAAUUUUUUCUAGUACAUCUUUGCUCCCAUUCAUAAAUUGAUUUUUCGAGCAAUCUUGAAUUCUCAAGAUUCCCUGGUGGAAUAUAACGAAAUGAUAAUUCUAUACGGUAUAUAAAAUGCACUGCUUAUUGACUAAUAAUAAAGUCAGUAUCGCUGUUUUCAAUUUCA